CCCUAACAGUAUUGUUAGGGGGACACCUUUGUGCUGAAAACCUUAGCACUUUCCAUCUGAGACUUCUUCAAGGGGGAGAGAUCUGGUUGUGGCGCGUGGGAGGAGUCCUAGCCCCGAGGAGAUUAGGAUUCAAAGGAGUUUCACUCUUGCUGAUCAGGCUGGAAUGCAAUGGCACAAUCCAGGUCCACUGCAACCUCCACCUCCUAGGUUCAAGCAAUUCUCCUGCCUCAGUCUCCUAAGUAUCUGGGAUUACAGGCACCUGCCACCACACCCAGCUAAUGUAUUUUUAGUAGAGAUGGUGCUUUGCCAUGUUGGCUAGGCUGGUUUUGAACUACCGAUCUUAGGGGAUCCACCUGCCUCAGCCUCCCAAAGUGUUGGGAUUACAGGCAUGAGCCACUGCGCUGGGCCAUUUUUUUUUGGUUUUGGUUUUAGAGAUAAGGUCUUCCCUAGGCUGGUCUGGAAUCGGUGACUCAAGCAAUCCUCCCACCUUGGCCUCCCUAGUAGCAGGGACUAUAGGCAUGAAGCACUGCACUUGGUAAAGUGCUUUUUGUUUUUUGUAGAGACGAGGUUUCAUUUGGUUGUCCAGGCUGAUUUCAAACUCCUGGGCUCAAGUGAUCCACAUGUCUUGGCUUCUCAAAGUGUUGGGAUUACAGGUGUGAGCCGCCGCACCCAGCCUCUGUUUUACUUCUAAUAACGGUUCUAAUUCUCCAUGAUAACCCUAUGAGACAGAUGCUAUUAUUGUCUCAUUUAGGUAUGGGAAAGGGACGGUGGGUAGGUGAGGACAUGGCAGAGGUGGGAUAUGCAUUCUUGCAAUCUAGAUCCCGCAGCCCACUUUCUUAGACCCCUUGUGGCCUUGGCUUUUCUGAUAACCGGCUGAGUUGGGGAAUAGAUUACAGGCUUCCGAAGGAGCGUGGGAAUUCUGUUCCCCCACAUCACCGUGUCCUUUCUUCGGCCCGGUUUCCCCGGCAAAGUGUGGCAGAGGCGCUGUGUUUGGAAGUCCCGCUAUCACGGCCCCCCAGAUGGGGCCUGGACUACGCCUCUUGACGGCCUUGCUGCUUCUGGCCCUGGCACCACCUCCAGAAGCCUCCCAGUACUGCGGCCGCCUUGAAUACUGGAACCCAGACAACAAGUGCUGCAGCGUCUGCCUGCAGCGCUUCGGGCCGCCCCCCUGCCCAGACUACGAGUUCGAGGAAAACUGCGGGCUCAAUGACCACGGCGAUAUCAUAAAGCGUGCGUUCCGAGAGUGUCCUCCUGGGCGGUGCAACCCCGACGGCGCCGAGCUAUGUAGCCCCUGCGGCGGCGGAGCCACGAUCCCCACUCACGCCGCGGGCGGGGGCAGAACCCUGUGGCGCUGCAGAGAGGCGCCCUGGAGACGGGGGACACAUGGAAGGAGGUUUCUCUACUUCCACUCCUGAGCAGGG